AUGCAUUCCGAAAUCCUUGCUUUCGCAGCAGUCGUAGCACUCGUCGCGCGCAUCUUCUUUCCGUUCUUCAAAAAUGUAUCCUCACCAUUACGAAAUGUACCUGGACCAGCCGCAACGCGGUUUACAGACCUGUGGUACCUUUGGAGAGUGAGAAGAGGAGGCUUUGAACAGGACAACAUUGAGCUGCAUCGAAAGCAUGGCGAAAUAGUCCGCUACGGUCCGAAUCGAUACUCCCUCUCCUCUCCCGAUGCUCAGAAAACUGUCUACGGGCACGGCGCCAAAUUUCCAAAGUCUUCGUGGUACGCAACCUGGCAGAACCCGUCGCCUUCGCAGUGGUCCCUCUUCGCCGACCAAUCUAUACCAAGACACAGCGAGAACCGGAGGCAAUAUCAGAGCGCAUACACCAUGUCAUCGCUUGUCAGCUACGAGCCGUACGUCGACGAGUGCACAGACCUGUUCAGCCAGCGCCUCCAGGAGGUAGCGAGUGCGGGUGCGUAUGCCGACAUGGGGCAUUGGCUGCAAUGCUAUGCCUUCGAUGUUAUUGGAUUGAUCACAUACUCGAAGCGACUGGGCUUUUUGGAUAGGGGUGAGGAUAUUCGUGGCGUGAUUGCGGCUCUCGAAGAUCAUCUGUGGUAUGCUACCUUUACGGGCAUCUUCUCCUGGCUGCACAAAUAUCUCUUUCCCAUCCGAAAUUGGCUGGCUGGUCCGACAGGCACUGGGAGGGCGUAUGUCAUGAAGUUCACGCAAGAGCGCAUUGCGGAACACGAGAAGGAGCAGACCAAAGCCAUUCCAGUCGAUGGCAUUGAGGAAGGCAAGACGAGCAUGGACUUCCUUUCCAAAUUCUUCAAGAAGAACGCAGAUGACCCCAAGGCGUUUACAAUGUACCAUCUCAGCAUGGGCUGCGUUUCGAACAUGGUUGCUGGUUCAGAUACUACAGCAAUCAGUCUCUCCGCAAUCCUCUACUACCUACUCAAGUUCCCGCAAACAUUCGAGACUUUGCGUCAAGAGAUCGACGAGCGGCAGCGCGAAGGCAAGAUUGGCCACUACAUCACAUUCAAGGAAAGCCAGGAAAUGCCGUAUCUUCAAGCCGUCAUGAAGGAGGCGCUGCGAAUGCAUCCAGCUACUGGCCUACCACUCGAGCGUGUGGUACCCGCUGGGGGAGCGAGCAUAUGUGAUCAAUUCUUUCCCGAGGGCACUAUCGUCGGAAUCAACUCCUGGGUGGCUCACCGCAACACAUCUGCUUUUGGCCCUGACGCAGACGUGUUCAGACCUGAGCGCUGGCUCAGCUCCGAUAAAGAAAAGCUUAGUCUCAUGGACCGCAACUGGAUGCCGUUUGGUCUAGGCUCACGAACGUGCAUCGGAAGACAUAUUUCGCACUUGGAAAUGUCCAAGCUAAUCCCCAUGCUGGUGCGCGACUUUGAUUUUUCGCUCGCCCCCCACCUGCAGGCUGCAGAUUGGGAAACGACGAAUUACUGGUUCGUCAAGCCGAGGGAUUUCCAAAUCAAGGUCAUGGUAAGGCGACAGGGUCUCUGA